AUGGAUAAUUUCGAUAUAUCGGACCUAGCAGGUGUCAGCCAACAAUCCUUGCUGUUCGGCACGUACCCUCAACCCCAGCCUUCCACCAUCAAACGACAACAGAACACCCAGCCAAGCCUUAACCUCCCCCUCUAUAACUCAAUAGAGGAUUGGAGUGCUGCUGAACUCACCACGGACUCGGCGCCGUCCCCGGGAUCCGCAUCCCCGGUCUCGCCCAUAUUUCCCGGCUUUGCCUCCUCCUUCACCACCGGCGACGAGUGGACCUCAUGGGACAAGCUUGAGCAGUCUCCCGACUCUGAUUUCUUCCUCAAGAACGAGCUCCUUGACAGCCCAGACCUGUCGUCCAUCCCUGUCAUGAGCCCGGCCCUAAAUCCCAUGGAUGCCUCGAACCCGGGACUGGACGACGUUGUGCAAUUUGGUAGUGAAGGUGUCAACGACACAAGGCCCCUGUUCCAGUCACCACAAAUGAACCUCCCCAUGCCUUCACGACAGCCCUCCGCAGGCCCUACUCAGGGACCCAGCACAGGCCUUCCUACUCCCCCAGAGCCUACACAAGCAAGCCAACAAAGGCGAUAUCCUGCUCGCGCAAACCUCAAGAGGAAGUCCUCAUCAGACGAUGAUGCAUCUUCACCAUCAUCACCUCGAUCAUCCUGUUCGCCACCGCCGCCCCAGCGUCGUCAUACCGCACCGUCCACCAAAGAAGAGUCGCCCUCCACCAUUGCCUCCAAGCCUGCCCUUGGUCCCAAGAAAACAGCACACAACAUGAUCGAGAAGCGAUACCGUACCAACCUGAAUGACAAGAUUGCUGCCCUGCGUGACAGUGUCCCAGCUCUACGGGUAAUGGUACACAGGCUGGAACACGCAGACGACGAAGUCAACAACUCCACAAACAUAAUGGACGAGAUCAAGGCCGAGGCAGGGCUGGACAUCGAGGACGACCUUGGCGGUGUAACGCCUGCGCAUAAGCUGAACAAGGCCACGAUCUUGAGCAAGGCCACCGAAUACAUUGCCCACCUAGAGAGGAAGAAUCGGUCUUUGGCCAAGGAGAACUCGGCUUUGAGAAAUAGGGUCGAGGGUUUCGAAAUGUUGGUUAUGUCGUCCAGGGGCGGGCACUCACAGCGACCCAUGUGGCAAUAG